AUGCCUCAAGACGAAGAAAAAGAAGCAUCAAUAACAGGAUGGAAAGACGCCAACCUUCGACGCGUCUGUGAUGAAAUCCCCAUUACAAUCUUUCUAGUCGCAGUUGCAGAGCUAGCUGAGCGCUUUACGUAUCGAUGCAUCACGGCGCCAAUGCAAAACUAUCUCCAAAACCCACGUGGCGAUGACCUUCGACCAGGCGCACUAGGCAGGGGCCAAUCAGUCGCAACAGGAGUCAAUUACUUCUUCACUGGAUGGUGCUUUCUCGCUCCCAUCAUCGGCGCUAUUGUUGCUGAUACCUAUCUUGGUCGGUUUCGGACGAUUUGUCUAGGGACUUGUAUUGCUUCGUGCGGUGUAUUGAUUCUCUUUACGACAUCGCUACCUCUUAGUUUAGAGCAUGGGGCUGGUAUGCCCGGUCUUAUGGUUGCGUUGGUUUUGAUUGGACUGGGUUCCGGAGGCAUCAAGAGUAACGUCGCACCGUUGAUUGCCGAACAGUAUUCUGGUUGUUCUGCUAGAAUCCAGACGCUCGAUGAUGGCGAGAAGGUCGUUGUGGAUCCAAACGUUACGACGCAGACUAUCUUCAAUCGCUAUUUUUGGGUGAUUAAUAUCGGUUCUCUCUCUGUUAUCCCAGCAUCGUUGCUUGAACUGAACGUGGACUUUUGGGCUGCAUUCCUUCUUCCUCUCUGCUUUUCGGCGCUUGCUGUCGCGGCCUUGGUAGCAGGGAGAUCGAAAUACGUGGUUCAGAAACCGCACGGCUCUAUUAUCGUCAACGCAGCCCGAACUCUCUGGAUCAGCAUCAAGAAUAAUGGUCAUAUGGAUGCUGCCAAACCGUCAAAUGGUGCAAAUGUGCCUUGGGAUGAUAUCUUCGUGGAGGAACUGAAGAGGGCUCUUGUUGCCUGUCGGGUGUUCCCCAUCUUCUGGAUCUGCUACGGCCAGACGAAUAGCAAUCUGGUCAGUCAGGCCGGAACGAUGAAUACAUACGGCGUGCCGAAUGAUAUUAUGGGCUGUUUCAAUCCCAUCAUGAUCUUGAUAUUACUGCCAUUGAUGGAACGCGUGGUGUAUCCAACCCUCCGUCGACUGCGAAUCCAAUUUAAGCCGAUUACCCGAAUAACAGCCGGCUUCAUCGUCAUGGCGUGUGCGAUUGCGUAUGCGGCUGUGCUUCAGGAUGUAAUCUACAAAUCACCACCCUGCUAUGACCAUCCACUCGCAGAAGAGUGCAGUGACGGGGGUCAAAUCUCGAAUAAUGUAAACGUCUUCCUCCAAGUCCCCGUCUACGCCAUGACCGCUCUGGCUGAAGUAUGGGCCUUCGUGGCCGGGAUGGAAUACGCCUACACCAAAGCGCCCAAGUCGAUGCGGAGUAUCGUGUCCUCGCUGUUCCUGCUUAUGUGCGCCCUUGGCUCCACGAUGGGUAUUGCGCUGUCUCCUGUGUCGGAUAAUCCGAAGAUAUUGGUGCAGUAUGCGUGUUUGAGUGGGACUAUGGUGGUGACGGCGUUUGUGGUUUUUGUGUUGUUCGGGAAAUAUAAUCAGAGUGAGGAGAAGAUGAAUAUGCUUGAGGUUGAGAGGGACGAUGAGUAAGUGAUGGAGUGAUGAAACAGACAUUAUAACUUGCCAUCAUCAUUCCAGUCUGCCAGCUGCAGGGUAAACAUGCAGUACUAUCAUUUAUUUCGGGGGGCGUGGCUAUUAAAAUAGGCUGCUUCUAGUCAAUAUGUAGGGUAGAGAGCAGUCUUGAAACAAAUACCCACUGAUCCACGUUGACAGUUGGAAAUGUAUAAUACAGUGUCCAGGCUGAUACUGACUGUGCUUAUCACUCAGAUAUCUACUAUGAUU